GUACGACGUCGCUUGGGAGGCGAGUGCAGCUCGCGCUUGUCAAAUAACUUAUUUCUAGAAUUCCUUUAUUGUUGAAACCAUCGUGUUUAAUUUAAGUCUCGUACCGAAAACGUCUGUGAUUCGUAAAUUCCACGAUAUUAUCAAUAAACGUGUCUUGUAUGCCUCGAGGAGUCAUACUGACUGAUUUAGCAGUGUCGAUAACAUGAUUAAAUUAUUUUCGUUGAAACAAGCGAAAAAAGAUGGCGAAUCACCGAAGGCAGGUACUCAGAAGAAGGCAUCGGCGGCACAGCUGAGGAUUACAAAAGAUAUCAACGAGCUGAAUCUUCCCAAAACAUGCAACACAGAGUUCCCCGAUCCCGAUGACUUGUUAAAUUUUAAAUUAGUUAUUUGUCCCGAUGAGGGUUUUUACAGGGGGGGAAAAUUCACAUUUAGCUUUAAGGUUGGACCGAAUUAUCCCCAUGAACCGCCAAAAGUCAAGUGUGAAACUCAAGUGUAUCAUCCAAAUAUUGAUCUUGAGGGAAAUGUGUGUCUCAACAUUCUGAGGGAAGACUGGAAGCCUGUACUCACGAUUAAUUCUAUUGUAUAUGGAUUGCAGUAUCUUUUCUUGGAACCCAAUCCCGAAGAUCCACUCAACAAAGAAGCUGCGGAGGUAUUACAGAACAACAGGAGAGCCUUCGAACAGAACGUAACAAAAGCGAUGAGAGGGGGCUACGUCGGUUCGUUCUACUUCGAACGGUGUCUCAAGUGAUACAUUUUUUUCUACGUCAAUGAUUCUCAAUGCAAUCUCUCACGAAUCGUCAUCUAGAGAAGAAUUGAGCUCCCCGACGCAGUAACAAAAAAAAAAGUAAAUUGGCACUAUUGUCGACCUCCGUUAUUAUUUUUGUUUUCAUUUUAUUCUCUUGGUUUUACCGAAAUAUCUGCCACAGCUUUUACACAUUUGGCUAACUUAAAUCAUGUAAAAUAGCCACGGGAUAUGACUCCCUCCAUUACUCUCCGAAAAUAUAUAGAGCAGUACGAAUCA